AUGGAGUUCGAGUUCUAUGCCAAAUACAUUGAGUUGGCUUAUUCGUUAGGAUACACUGGGGCAGAGAAGGCAAAUUGGGUAGAAAAGAAGGUAGCGGAUGAAAUGGAAAGGGAAGACAGAUUGUUAGAGAGGGAGUUCACUGAAUUUAUAAUGGAGGUUGAGAAGGAAAAACUUAAAUGGGAGGCUGAGAAGGCUAAACGUAAAAUGGAGGCUGAGAAGAAAAGAGUUAACAUGGAGGCUGAGAAAGAAAAAGUUAAAAGGGAGGCUGAUAGGAAACUAGAUCUAGCAAAAGUUAAAAUGGAGGCCGAAGACAAAGACAACCAGAGACAGCAUGAGUUAGAGUUAGAAAAAAGUAAAAGUAACCAAUCUCAAGUACUAUUCGCAAACAGAGAGACUAAACAUGAGUCAACAGGUUUUUCUCCCUUUGAACUUGAAUUAUUAAAUAAACAGGAAGAGGAAUUUGAUUCUCAUGAACUAGUAAACCAGACUAGAGAGAGAAUAGUUUAUGGUGUCCAGACGGCCCAAGAGAAUGCACAGUUAGCCAGUGAAAGGCACAGAAAUAUAAAAAACAAACAUAGAUAUUUAAGAACUUUUGAAAGAGGAGAUUUAGUUUUUGUCAAAUUGCCAGACAGAGAAAACAUAGAUGUAUUUCAAGGACCUUUUGAAGUAAUCAAGAAACUAGCUGAUGUAAACUAUGAAAUAAACAUAAAGGGAAAUAACACUUCUAUACACAUAGACAGAAUAAAGAAAUUAUAUGUAGAGCCAGAGAAACUGAUAGAAGAGGAACAUAUGGCCUGUACUAUAAUAAGUGAAAGCUGUAAUACAUAA